GGCAAAAACUUGGAGAGAAAUUAAAUCAGUAAUGGCGGAGGACUCUGUCUCAGUCUUCUGCAAAGCCCUAUCCUCCUUCUGCAAACACCUUCAAACUAACUGCGAUGCUCUCAAGGAAUCCGUCGAAAGGCGACCCAUCCCUUUGGAUUCGGCAUCUUCAACCUUCAUACAAUCCCUCAACCGCCGAGUUUCGACUGCGAACAGUGAUCUCAACUUGCUUGAUUCAAUGGCGUUUGGCACUGUAUCGUUCGAAGAGCUCUUGGGUCACUGCAAUGAAGUUUUGAAGAAGAAUCAGAACGAUCUCACUGAACUCGAAGAUCGUCUUAAGAGCUUUGGAUAUGUACCUGUUGUGGAGGUUGAUGAUGAAGAUGAAGAUUCAGGGACGCCUUCUGGUUUAGACUCGAAAUUACAGAAGUUGCAGGAUGGAUUGGAACUACCCUCAAUCUCUCGUGGAGAAUUAUCUGCUGCGGGUUCUAUUAUGAAAAGGCUUGAAGAAGACCCUGUAUUUGAGGAAUCUUUAAGCUUACAGAAGCUUGGCCUUUCGGAUGUUUGUCUGGCCACUCUAGCAUCUGAAGCUAAUGAUAAGAAUGGUAUCCAAGAGAUGUCUAUGAGAAAUCCAAUUAAUAGGCUUUCUGGUAGGCCACAUGAAACAAAGCGGUGGUGUCAGGAUUACAAAAACAUAUUAGGGCAUGAGGGAGAUGACAUUAAAUCACUCGGAGGUGCUACUAAUACUCCAAUAAAUAUAGCAAAGGAUGGCUAUGAGAAUCUUCCUUCAUAUAUUAAAAGUCUAGCAUCAUGGGAGGAUCUGCAAGCAGCUGUGGAGAAAUUGAACUCAAUCCUGAGUAAAGAAGAGAAUUCCGUAGAACACAACUUAUUAUACCAAGACAAGCUUACAUCCUUGGGGUUCGGGCCCAAAGGGAGAACAUAUUUGCUGAUGCUCUUAAGGAUGAAUUGCUUAGUUGUUGAGCCUAUAGAUGGUUCAAUCAUGUAUCGUGUAUUGUAGUUGAUAUAUGCAUGUAAGACUUGUAGCUGGAACAGGAGGAAACAUUUGUACUGAUGGAAGCGAUUUUCUUGA